GAUUCUCGUGACAGGAGCGCUCGGAAAGAAACUAUCAAACUUUGAACGCAGCUCACUUUAUACAAGAGCCUUAUCUCAUGUCGCGUGGACAGUCAGAUAAGCCUGGAUAUAAAUACUUGGAAGGUCGCCGUCCUAGAUCUAUUUGUUGCUCCUGUUGGACAAGAAGGCCGUGGUACUUUAAGUUAGCUAUGGGAAUCUCCGGUGUUCUGUUUGUAGCUGUUUUGGGAGUAAUCAUAGGACUAGCUGUGUCGGGCCCCCUUCAUGCAUCUUGUAAAAUUGACUGGACAUUUGGAACCUCCUGUGAUGAUGUGAAGUCUAAGAUCAAAGGUCAGAUAAGUCAAUGGACAACUGCAGACAACUGCGCAAACGGAGGAGAGAAAUGUCUAUACAAGUUUACGAGUGAAUCAGGCAAUACACUGAAGGCAAAGCAUGAGACUCCCGUUAAACACUAUGUUGAUGAUUUGACCUUCACCUUUAUGCCCGCAAGUUCCACAGCAAAAUGCAAUGUUCAGGGCUUUUCCACAUCAGAGACUUGGUAUGCUCUGUUGGACUAUGGCACAAAUUACUGUAAUCUACACAACUUAAUCACAGGGUCAGGUCUGGACAAAGUUAGUGGUUACUCAGAGAAAACAAGUGACAGCAUAUGUACCCAGUACUCCUCAGCUAACUGUACUGUCUACUAGUACACCAAUAGUAAAAUGUACUCUGUACUAGUACACCAACAUAAAUACUAGUACACCUAUGUAAACUGUACUUUCUACUAGUACAGCUACAUAAACUAUGUAUGUAGCACUUCUAAUGGUCUUUCAUUUCGAUGUUCCAAGACUUAAGUCACUCAAUUUUUGCUUUUGAAGAAAAGCAAUACUAUUUUUUUUUUGUUAUUAAAGAUUAUUUUCACAAUUAAUCAACUGGUUUCUAAAAAAAGCUCAUUAAAAUUUGUAUGCAUGUAUAAGAAAAUAUUAUGCAUGUAUAUUGAAUAUGUUUUUCUACUGUACUGACCAGCAAAUUUGACUGUGUAGAUAAUGUAAACUGAUUUAUUUUGUUAUUUAAUUGUUUAAGUGAAUAUCUAUAUGUUAUUUUAAUAUUUUUUUUAUAUUACAUUUAUUGUUAUAUAUUGUACAGACCUAUUUUCAUUGAAGAUUACAUGAUUUACAAUGUAUUUGUAUGUUUUGAAUGAACUUAAAGGUUGUCUUGUAAUCUUUCCUGUGAACUGUCUAUGAUGAAAUUUACCAGUUGUACAUUUAAUGCAGUAAGCACAUAUUGAGGGGAAAUCUCGCAUGUUAAUUAAGGUUGUUCUUGUCUUCCUGAAAUUUAAGUUAAGGAGGCUGGGGGGUUGUGGCCAUUUUCAGACCAUUUUGAUUUCCUUUAGAAGAAGAGCUCCAUCUAAAGAUAUAAAAAAAAUGAUCAAAUUUUUAAACUAAAAUGAUUGAAAUUUUUCGUUGCCAAAUGAUAUUUGACAGUUUAAGAUACAUGUAUCAUAUCUAAAGAUUUAAGUACCGUGUAAUAUCUGAUGGUUAAUUUGUUGACCCCCAAGCCUCCUUAAAGAAAUUGAAUGAUGUACCUAAAUUCAGAGUCUCUUGACAUAAUUUUUUUUUUUCAUUUAAUUUUUCUUUAAAUGAUAUAUAAUAGAAAAUAUUUAUAUGUCAUAUGUAAUUCUGUAAAUGUAAUUGUUUUGUCAUUUUUAACUUUUAAUUAAGAAUGAGAUAAAUCAGUAUUUAUGGAA